AUGGUGUACACCCAUACUAUACUACAGGGUCAGACAAUUAAUGGGGAGUACUACAUUUUAGUAUUGAAGCAACUAAUCAAAGAUCACUUCCCAAAAAAGCAGCCAGACCCCGUCGGACUCUGGAAACUGCAUCACGACAAUGCUCGCCCUCAUGUUGCCAAUACUGUGCUUCAGUUUCUACCCAAAAAAGGAAUCGAAACUGUGCCACAUUCCCCCUACAGCCCUGACUUGGCUCCAAAUAACUUUUUUCUGUAUGCUCAGGCCAAAAAGGAGCUCAAAGGCCGGCGUUUUCCAACUGCUACUGCCGCUAUUAAAAUUGUAGAGACGAUUUUGAAGGUUCUGUCUAAGGAGGGCUUUGAACACGUCUUCUCUAACGAGUGGCAGAGGCGGUGGAACAAGUGUGUGGCUUUAAAUGGUGAGUACUUAGAAGGAGAUACAAGUGUUAAAGUCUAA